AUGGCGGCGCGUGUCGGCCUCCUGCUGCGCGCCCUGCCGCUGCUGCUGUGGGGCGGCCUGGACGCCCAGCUCUCCGAGCGCCGAGGCCAGGAGCUGCGCAGGGAGGCGGAGGCAUUCCUGGAGAAGUACGGAUAUCUCAGUGAGCAGGUCCCCAAAGACCUCACCGCGGCAAGAUUCAGCAAUGCCAUCAGGGAGUUCCAGAGGGUAUCUCAGCUGCCCAUCAGCGGUGUGCUAGACCCUGCCACCCUGCGCCAGAUGACACGGCCCCGCUGUGGGGUGGCAGACACAGACAGUCAGGUGGCCUGGACCGAGAGGGUCAGUGCCCUGUUUGCUGGACGCCGGGCCAAAAUGAGGCGUAAGAAACGCUUUGCAAAGCAAGGUGAGCCCUGCUGA